AUGAAUCUCACGUACCUGGAGGUCCAGGUGGAAGGCGACAGUUCCUGUGACCUUAGCAAGCUGCGACCUGUGGCCACCAAACUCGCUCACGGCCACGCCGUGGGCCUUUGGGUGACUGACCCUCUAGCCAACUGCACGGGUGGUCCACGCUGCAAGGUUGCUCAUACCUUUGCACGUGCCACGCCAGCGAUAAAGCACCAGCGCAUGACCAUCCGAAUCAAAGGAUUCGAUGUCCCAUGUUCCUCGGUUCCCUACAUCAUCGAUCUGUUCUCCAACUCAAGUCUGCCCAUUGCGUCUGUUUCUCUUGACUUCGACCCCCUGUCGGUCGGUCAGUCGUAUGGCCCCAUUGCCAGAGUGUUCCACAACACCGCCCAGCCGUUUGAGACCUGUAGGACCCGCAUGAACAACCACCCCAUCCAGCACGCAUGGGUUCCAGACCUUGUCCAGUACCUCAAGACGACUCCACAGAUGACAGAGCUGCAAAUUGAUGGCCGCCACCUGCGUCUCCGGGAUCUCACGCAGAUAGUCAGCACACUGGAAAAGGACAACCACACGCUCGAGAUUCUGCAGAUCAGCGGGACUCGACUGAACGAUGUUGGGUCGUCGACGAGUCUCAAAAGCACCCACGAGCCAGCAUACGGCGACCGAGGCUGGAAGGACUUUGCGCAGCGGCUAAGCCGCGUCCUCGAACGAAACCGAGUGUCCAACGACAUUGAGAAGCGAGUCCAGAAGGCCUCAAACCUCGCGCGCACCCCAAAGUGUAUCGUCCUCAACGGCAAGCCGUUCAGGCGUCGCCCAUCUCCGAUCUGUCAGCUGCCUGCAGAGCUGCGCGCCAUGAUUGCCCAUUACCUCGACGAAGCGACGACAAGCUCCGACUUUUAG